CUCCUGUAAAUGUAUGUUAUCUCAUUGUCUUUUCUAUUAACGCAACUCACGAGCAUAUAUAAUUCUUUGAAGCCCACGGACCGUGUUCCAACAUCUCCCCGUGUCACGACGUACCUCCCGCCCCACGGUGGAGAUCUACGAUAGCCGAGGCGGAAUUGUCUGGAUCACGUCUUAUCCUCCCCGAGUCCUCUCACCGCGCGCCAUCUAAAUCAGUACCUCUCUCUCUUUUUCCCUUCUUUCCUCACCCGGCCAUGGACUUCACGCGGAUCAUUAUCCUGCUCACCUUCUGGUUCCUUUUCCGCCUCAUCAAAAGCCGCUUCUUCCCCGAUAAACCCAUCAUGGCUCACGGAAAAGUCAUCGAGGUUGACAACCCCGUCAUCUUCAAGGCCCUGACCUCGUCGGGCCCGGUCGUGGUCGACUUCUUCGCGACCUGGUGCGGCCCCUGCAAGGCUGUUGCCCCCAAGAUCGGCGAGCUGAGCGAGACCUACACCAACGUCCGGUUCAUUCAGGUCGAUGUCGACAAGGUGCGCUCCGUGGCGCAGGAGCUGCAGGUCCGCGCCAUGCCGACCUUCGUUUUGUACAAGGAUGGCAAGUUGUUGGACAAGCGCGUGGUGGGUGGGAAUGUGAGAGAGCUGGAGGAGGCUAUCAAGAGCAUUGCUUAGACGUCAUUGGUCUUAGGGUUGUUCUUCGGACCCGCAGUCAGGUGCGUAGCAAGUAUAUUUUAUUUCACAUGAAGCCCUUACGUGGCUACUGUGAUAUAUCAUAAUCUGGAAUUGCAGACACACCUCGACGAGCAACUCUUUAACAAAUCUGAACUUCAUAAAUAAGCGAUAGCUAUGCUCCAUACAUACAACAGGAUCAUCAGAUAAAACGCCACAU